ACACACACAUACAUACAAAAUGAAGUACUUCAACAUCUGCCUGCUUUUCAUUAUCUGCGCUCUGUGCUACGGACUGGUGGCGGCCCAAGAUGAGGGCGCGCCAGCUGGCAACGCAUCGCCAGCGAAGAGAAUCGCUGCACUGCGUCGCCCCGUGGGCAAGGCGGCCAAGCCGACGACAACAACAACGCCGGCGCCCGCGCAUGACGAUGGCGCCGAAGAGGAUGAGUACAAUGAGGAGGCCGGCGCCGGUGAGCAUGGCCAGUAUGGCGAUGAGCAGGAUGAGGGAGCGGCCAGCUCCACAACGACCACAACCGAGCCGCCAAAAAAAGUGGGACCCGUCAUUCGGCCCUUCCGCUCCAACGAUGAUUUCCUCAACUCGCUGAAGCGCCGCCAGCAGAACGCCAAGAAGCAUCGCAGCGAGAAGACGCCCGCCAGCAAGCCGGCCAAGAAGACCGACGAUGAGGCCGCCGCCGCCGAGGAGGAGGAGUCCGUGCCGGCGCCAGCGCCCGCUUCGCCAGCUUCGCCCGCCAAGGGCUACAAGAGCAAUGCGGCACUCAGCCGUCGCAAGCUGGCCAAGCCCGUGAAGGCCGCUCAGCCGGAGCCCGAGGUGGAUGCCGCUGCCGAGGAAUCGGAGCAAAAGGAGGAGGAGCAGCCAAAGCCCAAGCGUCCACUCAGCAGUCGCUUGGCCUUGAGGAAGCGCAACUAAAAUAUAUAAAUUUAUAUAACUUAACCGUUAUCUGAUACACACACACACAGAAACAUCCCGCUCUCUGACUAUCUCCCUCUCCACCGCUCUCUCUCUCUAUCUCUCUCUCUCUCUGUCUCGCUCACACUCAUGGCUAGCUAUGGGCAGCUGCAGAUCUGCCGCUUAGUUUUUAGUACACAAUUUG